UGAGGUUCACGUCAAUAAUUGGAAACGCAAAUUAAAUAAAUCACUUAUAUAUAAAGAGGUUCAAUUCUGGUUAUACUAUUAUUAUUGUUUAAGGAGGCAAGUGGCUUAAAUAUGAAGCUGCCUAUUAUACUUUGUGCAGCCGUUCUAUCAUUGGGCACAGCAAAUGCCGUGAGUAACAUGUGCUAUUGUCCCCCGACGAGGAACGUAUGCGGCAGUGACUUUAAAAACUAUGCCGGUGAAUGCAACCUUAAGUGCGCCAGUAGUUUAAGUGGAAAAAAUAUCUAUAUGAUAUACGACGGCCCCUGCGAAGACCUCCUCAAUAACAAUAACCCGCCGAUCCCUCCUUACGAUCCGAACAAUCCGUACAACCCGUACUAUCCGUACCCGUACAACCCCUACAAUAAUUACCCGUACAACCCCUACAAUAAUUACCCGUACUACAAUCCGUACAAUCCGUACAAUCCCUACAAUCCGUACGACCCUUACCUGUUUGGUAGCGCCGGACCAAAGUCCAAGGAAGGCGAAUAAUUACUUGGCAGAAUAAAUACAUAUUUACAAUGAAAA